AUGUUCCCGACAGACUCGGGUAGUACCAUUCCAAAGAAGGCACGAAGAACAACAUUCAUGUUGGUAGACGGUGUUUUGGCUGCUUAUCAGAUGACCGAACCACCGCAAUUUGUGGUGCCGGAUGUUUUCGAAUCGCCAUCGGUGGCCGAAGCAGAACCGUCAUCCAAGUCCGACAUAUUUGUCUAUCAGCCAGUACACUAUUCUGCAGGCUAUAAUGCAGCAGCCAUUAAGUAG